AUGUCUUCAGGCAACAGGUCCUUCUUCGCUCCUCAAGAGACACGGGUCGACCUCCCUCACGGUGCUGGCCAGCAGACACCCCAUAUCACACGACCAGCAAGUCCAUCAGAGAACGAUCGAGCUCCUUUUCUUAAUGGCGGUACCAACGACUCUCGCGAAGAUGUUCGCAUGGGCGCAAAGGCCUUUCGUAACGAGUCCGAGAAGCCCGCGGUAGGCAUCACAGCGUUGGCUCCCAUCCUCAGUUACUGUGCAGCCAGUAUCACCAUGACUGUCGUCAACAAGUUCACAGUGUCCGGUGCUGGCUUCAACAUGAACCUCCUCGUUCUUCUGAUCCAGUCCACCGUCGGUGUCACCUGUGUCGUGAUCGCAGAGCGUGCCGGUCUCAUUCAGCUCCGUGGCCUCAACUCUCGCGAUGUGUGGAACUGGAUGCCUCUCAGUACUAUGCUCGUUUUCGUCAUCUGGACCGGUAGUAAGGCUCUUCAAUACCUCAACAUCUCUGUCUACACCAUUUUCAAGAACUUGACCAUCAUUCUCAUUGCAUAUGGAGAGGUCAUGUGGUUCGGCGGCCGUGUCACCAGAAUCGUCCUCUCCAGUUUCUUGCUCAUGGUCUUGUCAUCCUUGAUCGCUGCCUGGUCAGACAUUUCCAACGUCUUCGCUAUCGGCAACCUCUCUAUGCCUCACACACCUGACUCGAUCGCUGGCGGCAUGGCCACCGACCCUCGCACAGGCCACAUGGUCCCAGCCUUCGAUGCUCUCAAGGCCGAAAAGGAAGCCAUCGCCGCUCAAAUCCAAGGCGCUUCUGCCAACGACGUCCUCGAGGGCUUCCAAGGCUACGGUCUCCUCUCCAGCGGCUACCUCUGGAUGGCACUCAACUGUAUCUGCAGUGCCACCUACGUCUUGCUCAUGCGCAAGCGUAUCAAAGUCACCGGCUUCAAAGACUGGGACACUAUGUUCUACAACAACUUCCUCAGCAUCCCUGUCCUACUCAUCAUGUCGUUCCUCGUCGAAGACUGGUCCUCUGCCAACCUCCACAAGAACUUCCCUGACGACAGACAAGCCAAGCUCGUCUCCGCUAUCGUCUUCUCCGGUGCCUGCGCUAUCUUGAUCAGCUACACGACGGCUUGGUGUAUCCGUGCCACUUCCAGUACCACUUACAGUAUGGUUGGUGCACUCAACAAGCUUCCUGUUGCGCUUAGUGGAAUGGUCUUCUUCCACGACCCUCCCGUCACGUUCUCGAGUGUCAGUGCUAUUACUGUUGGUUUCUUUGCCGGUUUGGUGUAUGCGUUCGGUAAGAACAAGCAGGCAGAACAGGCGAAAUUGGCUGGCAACUCGGCUGCGAACGGGAGCUCUGCUUUGGCUGGUUCCAAGAAUGGUUCGAGCUUGCCUAUGCACAACUUGAACGACAGGAAACAUUGA